GAUAUUUAUAUGGCUCGUCCUUGUUAUCCCUUGUUCGGCUCGGGCUGUGGCGGGCCAACAACAACCAUGGUUUCCUCUUCUUCAUUCUCAGCUCUCUCCCAUCCUUCCUUUCAAAUUCCAUAUACCAAUUUGGAUUUCUGUGAAAAACCCAGUAACCUUCAUAACAGAGUUCAAAUUAAGAGCUAUAGAAGACCCGCCACAGUCGUUGUUUCUUCUAGUUCUUGUCAAAGGUCUUCUCCUUCACCAUCUCGCCGGGUUCUUCUUCAUGGCUCUGUUUCUCUGGCUGCUUCAGCAGCCAUUCUUCUCUGCUCAGGUCCAGCUGAAGCCGGAUUUCUAUCAGGAUCAACCGGGAUGGAAUCAAUUCCUGGUCCUGAGUUGCCUCAAGUCGACUUUCUUAAGCGCUUCAAUGAAGAAAACCAGAAAAAGUAUGCUGAGAAUGAUGCAAGAUUCAAAUCAACUCCAUUGCUCAAGGGGCUACUAGAAAAAUCCAAGCUGAACAAAGAAAGGAAUAGUAAAGAAAUUCAAGACAAGUACUGCAUACGUGGGGCAGAGUGGGGAAUUGGAGAUUGCUCGGCAGAGGGAAUGUCACCUGACGAGAAAGACAAGUUCAUUGCUAUGUUGAAGGAGAAGGCUGGUGUCAAGGAUUGACUGAGAGACCCUGGUUUUGCUUUGUUUCAAGCUUAAUUUCUUAGUCCUUAGAUUUGUUUUUUCCAUUUGAAGACCUUGAUACGUGCCUUUGUAAUAUGAAUACUUAUACUGAUCAUGAGUUC